AUGGAUCACGAGUCUGCUGCGUUUUCGCUGCGGGCGCCGCCGCUCCGCCAAAACCGCCUUCUUUCGCCGCUCUUCAGCAGAAAAGUGCCGCCUGUGCCCCAAGACCAUGAGAGACACACGUAUCCGCUCUACGGGAACCCGAUCCUGUGGUUUUUCUUCACGUGGUUGUGGCCUGUCAUGAUCACAGGCUACAAGCGAACGUUGGAGCCCAAUGAUUUGUACAAGUUGAACGAUAAGCUCAAGGCCGAUGCGCUAGCGGCGCGUUUCGAGGCCAUCUUCGCCCGCCGCUUGGCCGAGGACAAGCGCCGCCACCUCGAGCAAGCCCAGGAUUCCAGCAAAAUCCUGAAUUCCAGCAAAAACCUGCUGAACAGUCCCGACUUGGCCGACUUGGCCGACUUGGCCGACUACGUCCCCUCGGACACGCUCUGCCUCUGGUCGCUUUUCGAAACCUUCAAGUGGCAGUACCUCACGGCGUGUUUUUUGUGUGCCUUGGCCCAGGUCGGCUGGACAUGCAACCCUCUCUUGUCGAAGAAGUUGAUCGCCUAUGUGCAGCGGAAAGCGCUUGGGAUCGAGCUGGACACGGGCAAAGGCGUUGGCUAUGCGCUAGGCGUGUCGCUCGUUGUGUUCUGCUCCGACAUUCUCUUCAACCAGAUGUACUACUUGUCGUCGUUGACCGGCGCCGAGCUGAAGGCCAUUUUCACCAAAGUCAUGUUGGACAAGUCGUUCCGGCUCAACGCCCGGAGCCGCCGUGUAUACCCUGCUUCGAAAAUCACCUCCAUCAUGAGCACAGACGUCUCGCGGAUAGACCUCGGUUUGGCCACGGCGCCCAUGAUCAUUGUGGCGCCUGUUCCCUUGGCCAUUUCCAUUGGCAUCUUGAUCCACAACUUGAAGGCGCCGGCCUUGCUAGGCAUUGGCAUCAUGAUCUUGUUUCUUGGGUUUGCCGGUUUUCUCGGUUCCUUGCUUUUCAAGUACAGAAAGUUGGCCACAACCCAAACAGAUGCUCGUGUCAGUUACAUGAAAGAAGUGCUCAACAACUUGAAAAUGAUCAAGUUCUACUCGUGGGAAAAGCCGUACAUGGCCAUGAUCAAAGCCGUGCGGGAAAAGGAAAUGACCUUCCUCCUCAAAAUGCAAGUCACCAGAAGUAUAAUCAUCUCUGUCGCUGUAUCAUUAUCCUUGGUGGCAUCGUUUGCAUCCUUCAUGCUUUUGUACGGAACAGCGUCUGCUUCAAAGAGAAACCCAGCUUCCAUCUUUUCUUCGGUGGCGUUGUUCAACAUUUUGGCCCUGGUUUUCAUCAAUCUUCCGCUUGCUAUUGCUGGCGCCACCGAUGCUUAUAUUGGAAUGAGAAGAGUCGGCCAGUAUUUGGCUUCCGAUGAACAUGUGGAAGACGAGAAAAGAGUGACCAGUGAAACUGAUCGCCAGUUGAUGGAGGAGAAAAACUUGGCUAUAACCGUCUCCAAUGCCAACUUUGAGUGGGAAAUAUUUGAUAUUCCCGACGAGGAGAAAAUAAAAGAAGAAAAGAAGAAACAGAAAGACAAAGAGAAGAAUGAUAAGAAGAACAAGAAGAAGAAACUUUCACUGGAUGAAAGUUCACAUGAAGCUGUUACAAAACUGGAGAAGCCUACCUCAGCUGCCACUUUCAAGCUCCGAAACAUCGACCUAACUAUAAUGAAAGGUGAAUUUGUUGUUGUAACCGGACUGAUCGGAUCAGGGAAGUCCUCUCUUUUGCUUGCCCUCGAGGGCUCUAUGAAGCGAAAUUCCGGUCAGGUGAAAACUAAUGGGUCUCUACUUAUGUGUGGCGCUCCAUGGAUCCAAAGCUCCACCAUUAGAGAAAAUGUGAUCUUCAACAAUCCUUACAACAAAUCGUGGUAUGAACAGGUGAUUGAUGUUUGUUGCAUGGACAGUGACUUGGAGAUUUUGCCCGCAGGAGAUCAAACAGAAAUUGGCGAGCGUGGAAUCACUCUUUCUGGAGGCCAAAAAGCCCGACUUUCCUUGGCAAGGGCUGUGUAUGCUAGAUCCGAUAUCAUCCUUCUCGACGAUGUCCUUAGUGCUGUUGAUGCAAAAGUGGGAAAGAGAAUUGUUGACGAAUGUAUUUUGGGCGUCUUACGCAAGAAGACCGUGGUGUUAGCAACACAUCAAUUGUCUUUGAUUGAGUCUGCGGACAAGAUCGUGUUCUUGAACGGCGAUGGCACAGUCGAUGUCGGAACAUCAGAAAGUUUGCGACGCUCAAACGAAGCUUUUCAGAAACUUCUUUCCCAUAGUACAACUGAAAAGUAUGCAGAAGAAGAAUCAAGUAUUUCUUCUCAAACAGACGAGAGUAUCAAAAAGGUGGUGGUUGAAGCACAAAUUAGCAGACUCACAAGCGUCUCCAGCACCAACGAGAAAACAGACUUACAGAAACAAAACGAAGGAAAAUUGAUUAUGGAAGAGGAGAAAUCAGUCAAUGCCAUUGAUGCUGAUGUCUACGUACGUUACAUCUUUGCUGGCAUCCCAGGAGUUAAAGGGGCAAUGAUUUUCGCUGCCGUAAUAAUCUUUUCUAUUCUCUCUGUGUUUUUCAAUCUUUUCACAAGCACUUGGUUAUCAUUUUGGGUUGAAUACAAAUGGAGAAAUAGAUCAGACGGUUUUUACAUAGGAUUCUACGCGGCCUUUACCGUCUUGGCUCUAGUCACAUUGGCCUUCGGCUUCCUGGGUGUGAUUUAUGUGAUGAAUUUGUCUUCGCGUACCCUCAAUAUUCGUGCUGCCGAAAGAAUCCUAUAUGUGCCCAUGUCCUACAUGAAUGUGACUCCCAUGGGCAGAAUCAUCAAUCGAUUCACCAAAGAUACGGAUGUUCUAGAUAAUGAAAUGGGCGACCGCAUGGGUAUGAUCAUUUAUUUUGCAUCUAUCAUUGGAGGUGUUCUCAUUCUUUGUAUCAUCUACCUUCCAUGGUUUGCCAUUGCAGUGCCUUUCCUUAUUGUCGUAUUUUUCGGGUUUGCCAAUUUUUACCAAGCUUCAGGUCGGGAAAUCAAAAGGCUAGAAGCAGUCCAGAGAUCUCUCGUUUACAACAACUUCAAUGAGACACUUACAGGCUUGGACACAAUUCGUGGGUACGAUAAAACUGAUGUUUUCCUUUCUAAAAAUAUUCGCUUGAUUGAUAAGAUGAAUGAAGCGUAUUUUAUCACAGUGGCGAAUCAGAGGUGGCUUGAUGUUGCCGUAUCCUUUUUAGCUACGAUUUUUGCAAUCAUCAUCUCUUUCCUUUGCGUGUUCCGUGUUUUCAAAAUUAACGCUUCGUCUGUUGGUUUGCUUUUAUCAAAUACUCUUCAAAUCUCAGGCAUUAUCACAACUCUUGUUGUUGUUUACACUAGAGUGGAACAGGAUAUGAACUCUGCAGAAAGAAUCAUUGAGUACGUUGACGACCUCCCACAAGAAGCACCUUACAUUAUAUCAGAAACGACCCCUAAUUCGGCUUGGCCACAAGAGGGACAAAUAGAUUUCAACCAUGUGAAUUUGGCGUAUCGUCCUGGAUUGCCUAUGGUGCUAAAAGACUUCACAGUUCACAUCGAUCCUAAUGAGAAAAUUGGUAUUUGUGGAAGGACAGGAGCUGGCAAAUCUUCGAUUAUGGUUGCCUUGUACCGCAUGGUUGAGUUGACGUCAGGAAAUAUUACGAUUGAUGGGAUUGAUAUUAGGACCCUUGGACUCAACAACUUGCGCUCGAAGCUUUCUAUCAUUCCACAAGACCCUGUUCUUUUCCAAGGAACCAUUCGAAAAAACUUGGAUCCUUUUGGUCUGGCCACCGAUGAGCAACUUUGGGAAACGUUGAGAAGGGCCCGAAUCAUUAAAAGUGAAGAUCUUGAUGAAGUAAAAAGUCAAAUGGACCCUAGCAAGAUGCACAAGUUUCAUCUUGACCGAGAUGUUGAUGUCGAUGGCGAGAAUUUUUCUCUUGGAGAAAAACAAUUGAUUGCAUUUGCUCGUGCCUUAGUUCGGGGAAGCAAGAUUUUGAUUUUGGAUGAAGCAACUUCUAGUGUGGACUAUGCCACAGAUAAAAUUCUACAAGAAGCGAUUGUCGAAGAAUUCAGUGAUUGCACCAUCUUGUGUAUUGCUCACCGCCUAAAAACAAUUUUGAAUUACGAUAGAGUGAUGGUUAUGGAUCAAGGACAGGUUGUUGAAUUCGACAAACCAAUCAAUCUAUUCAAAAAACAAGGUACUUUCUUUCAAAUGUGUGAAAAGGCUGGCAUUAAUGAAAAAGAAUUUGGCCACUAA